AUGUCCACCCGACAGCUUCGCAAGCUGCAGAAGCAGAAGGAACUGCAAGAGCUCCAAUCCCGCAAGGAGGGGUCAGACGAGAGCGACGACGAUGUGCCUCUCCCUACCGUCUCGAGGGGUAAGCCAAGCGCCUUUGCUGGCUUUGCAGCCCUAGGAGGUGACGAUGACCAAGACGAUAACGACGAUGACGACGACGACGACCAGCAGCCGCAACCCGAGCCCGAGCAAGAAGAGGCCAGGAUAGAGACGCCCAAGGCAUCCUCCAAGAAGAGCAAGAAAAAGAAAAAGAAGGCCAAGAAGGCGGCAGUAGAAGAGGAUGCGCCGACCAAGGACCAGGCUUCGGCGCAACCUGCAUCGCGAGAAGGGAAACCUGACGACCUGGACGAAAUCGACCAAGCGAUCCGCGAGCUCAACCUGAAGGCCCAAGCCUCGGGCAGCGCCGGAGCCGCCGGCGCAACGCCUGCCACGGAAGCAUACGAGCGCAUCUGCCAGCUACUGCGGACGAACACUCAGCACCUGAAGGUCAUGAACGAGAUGCGCAACCUCUUUGGCCGGGACGCCAUGAGGGCGGCGCAAACCGAGGAGCAGGAGGAGGAACAGAAUCGCACUCGCCGGCGAGGCCAGCAACAAGUGCGCCAGAACGUGGACCUGGAGACCUUCCUCAAGGCCGCGCCCGGAAAGCCUCUGCCGGAGGUCACCCUUCGCCGGAACCCGUUCUUGCAGGGUAAAGAGACGUGGCCGCGAGCAUCCACAGAGGGCCUCACCAUGGUACAGAUCAAUGACGGAAAGGCCUCCGGCAGGAGCGGUACCAUUGAGUUCGGCUUCGCGCACGACACAAGAUACAAUCAGUUGGAGACCAAAUUUUUCCAGCUUGUCCAGCUGUACGAUCCCAUGCAGCUGGUCUACUUCCUCCACCAACAUCAGUACCAUAUUUCGAGCUUGAUCCAGGUUAGCAAGGUAGCCAAGCAGGACCAGAACUCAGCUUUGGCGGGUGAUCUGUGUGAACGGGCGCUCUUCACGUUUGGCCGAGUGUCCGUGUCGGCUUUUCGACAGAAGCUCGAAGAGGGCAAGGCCAGGCUCGAUUUCAGCAGGCCAGAAAACCGCCAAUUUUGGCUCGCCGGGUAUCAUUAUCUCAAGAGUCUGACAAUGAAGGGCACGUAUCGCACAGCACUAGAGUGGACUAAACUGCUCUUUAGCAUGGAUCUGAGUGAUCCUUAUGGACUUAUACACUUCAUGCACCCGCUCGCCAUCCGAGCUCACGAGUCGAAGUGGUUUAUCGACUUCUGCGACUCGGAGGCUCUCGACGAGUGUGACACGGCCCAGGAUUAUAUCAGACAAACCUUGGUUCUGGCGCGAUUACAACAAAAGGACGAGGCUGGCGCAAAGGCCCUAGCCGUCGACGGCAUGGAGAGGCUACCAUGGCUCUAUAGCGCGAUAUUCAAGUCGCUCAAUCUAGACGUCCCCCGGGCAAUCUGGGGUAUGGAGCCGCGCGAUGAGCACGAGGUGCUCUUCACCGAAUUAUACGUCCACCAGACCAAGCAGCUUUGGGACAAUGCCCAAGCUGUCACGCUACUCAAGGAGGCCGCGUCACUUGCACAGAAACCGUCAUUGUCCUCCCUGCCCGCGCCUCCUGUUGCUGGUCGCAAUGUCGGGCGCUUCGUCUAUCUGGACAACACACCCGCGCUCAUGGGGUUGGUCCCUGGUGGCAUGCUACACGGAUUCCCUAAUUGGGAUUUUGAUCCCCUGCCGCCUGCGAAAGAGGACAACAUCUUCAGCUAUGACUCUCAAAAGUUCCCUUGGGAGGAGAAUCGUGGUAGAGCCGGAGGUGGCCUAGAAGGAUUAAAUCUGGGCAAUGUGCGAAACAUUGGCGACUUGAGGCAGAUUCUACAACGGGCUGCUCAGGGAGGUGCGCCCCCCGAGAUUCUGGAAGAGUUGGAAGGGGCUAUCGCAAACCUAGACGACGCUGCCAUUGCCCAGGGAAACGCCGAUGGGGAUGACGAUGGCAGUGAUAUCAACGAGGACAGAGAAGCGUCUCCGCGACAGGACGGUCGCCAAGGCUUAUGGCAGGCUUUCAUGGAGAUGCUCUGGCAGCCAAGAGCCGAGGGUGACGACGGGGGCAACGGAGAUGACUACGCAUAUGAUGGUGCGCCGGGCGGCUGGCCGGACGACAGCGAUUACGACAACGACGAACUCCCAACACUGAUUCGGGAGGCUAUUGAGGAUUCCGAUGACGAGCCAGCGGACGAGAACCGUGACAGCGGAACCCACAGGAGGUAG